GUUCCUACCGAGCCAAGCUGCAAAAAACUUACAAGCGCGGAUGAAAAUGAACAUUUAAAUGAACAGGAACUAUUGUCACAACUGAAUCUGUUGUUUGUUUUGGUACUCUCUCUCUCUCGUGGCGAGUCAGUGUGACUGUGUGGGAGAGGCAGGACGUCUAAAGAGGAAUGUCAGUGCUGUUAUCAAGAGACUGACAGACCGGGCGACUGGAACAGCAAACCUGAUUGUCAGUAAACUGAACUUUGAGUCUAAAGUGGACGGGGGGAAAAAGUGCCAGUGGCGGAUUGCAGAAGAAGGAGGAAGAGGAAUAGGAGACGAAGAAGAAGGAUAGAAAGAAAACGAGUGACUGGGAGUAGCUACAGGCAUGAAAACAAGAAGAGGAGGAGGAGACGAAGAAGAAAAAAAGGAAGGCAGGUGCAUGAGAACGAACGAUGCCCAAGGCCGAACAGUUUUCAGUGUUAUGACGAGACAAGAGAUUGUGUCCGAUACCUGUGACUGUUUUGACAGUUACUCGACGUUUCCCUAAUCUUCAUCUUCACUAAAUGACGUGUGAUUGGUCUGAUAAGGCCAGAGUAAACGGGUGUUGCUGGGAACGUCUAUAACUUCUUCUUGAGGAAGAAAUGGAAUGCUGUAUAAGUUUGUAUAGAAAAAACAACCAAGUAGAUCACGUAUCUUAUUACCUUUUCAUUUCAUAUAAAGUGUCAUGAAUUGAUAUAAGAGAUCUGGGUUGACUGUACUGAGAUUUUUCCGUGUAAGUGUAAAGUGUCAAGCGAGUUUAGAUGUCACAUUCUCCCGUGAGCUAAAAGCUAUACUUAAGCAUUUGUUUCAGCCGUAGUUUUAAGAGCUGCCAGAGCUAAACAUCGCAUUCGUUUCAUAAAGUGAUUUUGUAAAAUGAUUCCGUUGUCCCUUAAAAGUCUGAAAACGUUACAGCCACGGGCAGGGGAAGUCCCAAGAUACGAAGGAAAGAGAAGGAAUAUAAUCAUGAGGAUUUUUUGAGAUUGUGUCCUGCGUAGGUGAAGGUCAAUUGAGCAACUGCAAGUUCAUGGUGUCGGUUUUUGUGUGACAAAAACGUCUGGAGAAAAGCAGAAUUUAAUUUUCAUACAGUGUAUAGUUGUGAUUUCUGUUCGUUAGUGCUGUGAUUGCUUUCCUGUUUUUUGUUCUUGUUUUCCUGUUGAUUUUUGUAGGGUCAACAAUGGUCUAAUUUUGAGCCAUCAGGCGGGCCACUAUAUAAUCUAUAUCUACAAAGGAUGACUGGAUUUAUAAAAACUGACCUGAAACACGCAAUAACUCAUGUGGACAAGUAGCAAGUUAUUGUAUUAUACCUCAGCAACCAUAAUUUCCUGCACAAUUAUAAUAAGAGUAUUUCGUCCUGGUCCUGGUUGUCAGUGAUAGCAUUUCAGCACCAUGAAGGUUCUCAAGAAAGGUAUGCCAACGUCUGUUGAAUCAAAAUCAAGUGUAAGUUUUCAAAAUAAAGUAAGUACCAGUGAGAACAUUACAUUUAGUAAGCUGUUUCCAAACCGUAUGACACCUGAAAAGCGGGUUAGGCCUCAGCCUUUAAUCAAACGAUUUACGGGUACCUGUGUUGUUUGCAAAAAGAUUUUCAACGAAAGUUACGCCGAGAGGGAUCCCACAAUCUCUCGCAUGUGCUCACAGUCAAAAGAGAAGCCUUCGGUGUGUCGUGACUGUGAUGAAAGUUUUGUGCAGACUAAGGGACUGAAGAUUCAUUCAAUCAAGCAUGGAGAUGGGGAUCUGAUCAACGAGGACAGUAGUGACGAAUGCGUCAUUAUUGAAACUGGGGGUGGCAGUGACAAAAAGCUGACAAACACUCAUAUUAGCAAAAAUCAAGGUAAUGUUGAAAAGGACGAGUGGGUGAUCAUUAAGUUUGGGAAAAGCAUUGACGAAGACGACACAGAAAAAUCUUUUAGCAUUAAGCUGUGUAAUGAGGAGUGCAAUGAAGUGUCUAUGGUUGUGCAGCCUGGGGAAGAAGGAACGAAAACUUUUUCUGAUGUGGUUGUCAAAGAGGUCCAUGAGGAGGAUAUGGUGACUCAGAGCAGUGACUUGACAGUUAAAGACAUUAUACAGAUUGGGUCGUUGUCGUUUGAUAAUGGAUACGAGGACAGUGAUAGUUUGGGUAGUAUAGGUAGUGUUAGUCAGGCUUCUAGCUCCACAGUGACGAGCCAGUCGUAUCCGGAGACAGAUGGAGCGUGGACUGUGUGUACGAAGAGGUUCAGUACUGCUGACGCAAGGCUCGACGAUUGGAGCGUCUGCACUCAGGAUUUCUCAAUGAGGGGCAGUUCUUCUCUUGUGUGCCACAUUUGUAAGAAAUAUUUUGUUAGUGAUAAUGACUUGAAGUUCCACAUUCUGACUCAUUCCCAGAAAACUAACUGCUCCAGUGUUGAGCCAGUUGAAAAACGCACAGAUAGAAGGUCAGCAGAGACACAUGGCUCAAAUGCAGCAUACCGAGAGCCAAAUAAAUGCAACAUUUGUGGUAAGAGCUUCUCUGAUGCUAGUGCAUUGAGAAUGCAUUCAAGAACUCAUUCUAGUUCGGUAUCAGAUAAUGUAGGUAAUGUGUUUUCUAAGAAGGUCCCUCACAAAGGUCUCUAUCAUAAAAAUCCAUUUCUCCAGGCAAAUGAAAAACUCUUAUCCUGCUCAGUGUGUGGCACAAGAUUCCAGCACAAGCAGCAGUUGGCUAAGCAUACCAAAACACAUUUAAUGUUGGCUUGCAAAGUUUGUCAAAGAGUUUUCAAAAGUAAUGCUAAACUAAAGAAGCACAUGUUACACGUGUGUGGGAAAGUAUGUUGGGAUGAAACAGAUGAUGUGAGGCCCAGCACAUCACAUUCUUCGGAGACUAAGCACAAGAAUGCGAGAGAAUUGGUGGGCUGUGGAAAGGCUAAGGAUAUUUCUGUUCAUAUAAGCAGUGAAAAGACUGCUGAAAAGGGCAGAGAUGCCAGGAAAGAACCUUUAGUCUUGGACCUCCGCAAGUCAUUUAAAGCAAUCUCUUUCGCCAAAGGACCAAACAAGAACAUCAAGGAAGAAGACAUUGCCAUUGAAGACUUCCCCAUGGUUGAAGACUACUACGUAACUUACGUCAAGGAUGAAGUUGGGGAGGGAGGUUGUGUAUUUAAGAGCAUUGCAGAAUUGAAAGAGUCCAGUGUACAGAAAGGAAAGUGCAGUAAACGAUAAAGUUUAUAGAUUUUUCAUAAUUUGAUGUUGCAGUACUUAAGGCAAUUAGUCAUAAAAACUAGUGGAUAAAUUGUAGUAUACUGUGAAGUAUUAAAUUUGGUAAUUUACUGACUUUUUUCCUUAUUGACUUGUUAUAUAAGCCUCUGAUAUCGGUGAUCAAGAUAUUUCCUGUUAAAAAUAUCUUCCAUUUAUUAAGUCUGAUGUUGAAAAUUGGAAUGAUGUUGACAAUUAUGUUUGUACGAUUUUUAUGCUCUUCAGCAUAUUACGUAUAGUAAAGUGUAUUUGGAAAGCUUGUUUCAGUACUUCUAGAUCAAAAUGUAAAAUCAGAUAGAGAGGCUGUCAAUCUUUGUUGGUUUAAUGCUAUAUGUUCGUGAGUUUGCAGUGACUGAGCUAAUUAUGUGGUAGACAUUGACUGUGUUAGGUAUCCAUCAUAAGUGAUAUUUUCUGUAUCUUAAUUCUGGCUUUCCUUAUUUUCUGGUUGCGAUGCCAUGGCGUUUUGAUAUACUUAAUUAUAGCAAAAACCAGUAAUGUACAGUAGAUCAGAGUUCAGGUACUAGUACCUGUACUGUACCUGUCUAUGAUUCCUCCAACUUAUCAUCUUGUAUAAACUGUUAUUCCACAAUCUCUUAGAUUAUCUUUACCAGCUUGUAAUAUAUUUUUGUUUCUUUGCAGUAUCAUCAUUACUCUCUCUCUCUCUCUCUCUCUCUCUCUCUCUCUCUCUCUCUCUCUCUCUCUCUCUCUCUCUCUCUCUCUCUCUCUCUCUCUCUCUCACUUCAUCUGUCUAUCUGUCUGUCUCUCUCUCAGGGCACAGUGAUGAAAAUACUUUCAUGAUGAUAUAUUUAAGUUUUUUAAGGAAAUUUCCUAAAUGUAUUAUUAUUUUUCAAAGAUUUGUCUGGGCACCCUCUGUAUGGAUAGUAAGAGCCAGAUUAUGCUGUAGUACUUACAGUAUUCAGUCCCACACUAGUACAACAUAAGUGAAUUAAUAUUCACUUGAACUGUGAAUCUUUUAAAGAGUAGAUGCUCAUUUGACCAGUGAUGUUUUGUAUUUAAAUUUAUUUUUUUCAUUAUAUUCACCUCGCUAUUUAUUUUUGAACGUAUAAAUAUUGUACUAUAUUGAAAUCAAAUCUGAAUCUCUCAGGUUCUUACGACAAGACUGCAAGUUUUACGUUGUAUGGUCUGGGGAAACACGUAUAUCAGUAUUUUAAAACAAGUAUCAAUAUGUUUCAGAAACAGUAUUUGUUGUUGGCUUCUAGAUUUUUUGCAAAAAAAAUUGUCAUAUAAUUUUUUUUCCAGAUAUUUGUUUUUAGCUGCUAUCAUUUUUGUAUCAUAAAUUGUGAUGUAAAUUUUUUCCUUCAACAUUUUUAUAUUUAGUUAUUUUGAACUGCAUUGACAUGGGAAUUGUUUUUAGCUCUUGAAAUGAGUGAUUUGCUUAAUCUGCUUACCAGGAAUAUGUUUCUUUAUAUUUAUUUUUAUUUUUUCAGAAUUGUACCAGAAAAUUUCCAGCACUGUAUUUUGAGCAAAGUCAUGUUACAGUAAUUUCCUUUUUUUUUUUUUUUUUUUUUUAUCUCUCGACACUUCCACCCAGGACUAUUCAGCAAAGUGAUGAGAGAGAAUGGGUUUAACAGGGUUACCGUUAGAGAGCUAUUCAAGUCUUUCAUGAAUGCCACAAAGACCUCAUUUCUUUUUUAAUUGCUUGGGCUUUGAUCAUUAUAUUGCUCAUGCAUUGAUAGGUUCUGUCCUGUCGUGUGCAUUUUUCUAUUAUUUACACUAAAUAAUUUUUAUUUAUUUAUCAUAACACAUUAGCAAGUCACUAUAGUGAUGCAUGUAGUGCCAAAAUAAACAUGUCUUUGUUCUGUUCAGUAUUUGUUUUAUGUUUCAUAGAUGCUCACAGUUUUGUUAUAUCUUGUAGAUGUCAAUGUCAUUAUAUUUAACUUACUGAGCAGUUUAUGUAUAUUAUUGAUAUGCAGUACCUAGACAUUUUUUGCAGUUUCCUACUUAUUAAUUUCAAUUCGUAUGGAUUCAUGGUGUGUUGACUAAUUCCUUAAAGACAUUUUAUUGUUAUCUUUCAAUUUAUCAGUUUAAUCAUGUAUAUAUUCAUACAGAUCACAAAUCUUUAGUAGCUUUACUUGUGGGUGGAUAAAGCAAGUGCUGAAUAGUUUCUUAAUCAAGCAAAGUAAUUGAUAACAGUUGGCAAGACUUCCCUUCCUCAGAGGAGCCCUAUGUACGUACUCUUCUAAUUCUCUGUAAGACUCAUUGUCUUUAUCUUUCCUCGUCAUACAUCUUCAAAUUGUUAUUACGUAUUGUGUACUUUCUUGUAUCAUUUUGUGAAUUAUUGAAACUGAAAUGCAGUGGUAUUGUUUUUUCUGCUACUGGUAUGUUUUGAUGUUAUAUCUUAACUGUCAUACUCUACUAGGAACCAUUUUCAUUGUAUUCUACUCUUGACGUGCUGUAUAACAUGCAUAUAUCUUCCUUUUCCUGUGUCUGUAUUUGAAAUUGGUUUUUAUAUAUCAGGCAAUUUUUUUAUAUACGUAGUCUUUAACUGUUUAAGUUAGGACAGUCAGUUUAAUAUACUUUGUGUGUAAUAUUAAUUUAAUUUAAUUUUGCUAAGCACCUUCCUCUGCAGAAUCGAGGACACUAGGUGUUAAUGUUAUUCACUGUAUUUCCAGUAUGAGCUCUUUUAGAUCUGUCUUUCUUGACCACAGACUUGAGUAAAAAGUGAGAGUUUGGACAGCUGAGACAACUAACCCAGUGAUGGGUAUCACUUUAUUAAAAUACUCACUUGACACCCAAGUUCCUCAUAAUGCUGUUAUAUGAAUUUUAUUUUUUCACAAUAUCGUGAUUGUAAUUCACAUGAGGUUUUUCCUUUUUUUUUUUUUUUUUUUUUUUUUUUUUUUUUUUUUACAUUGAAGCACUUAAUGUUUGUGACAAAAAUGUGAACAUUUUAAAUUAAAACUUCAAGUUACAGAUGUUGCAUAUUUGAUUAUAUGUUUGCUGCAAGGCACUUCAAAUUUCUUUUUAAUGUAUUAGAGUACUCAUUGCAUUUUAUGAAGUGUAACACUACAGAUUUCUGUGGUUAUUCUUUUAUGUUGGUGUAUAAAUAUCUUAGCUUCUAUAAGGUAUAGAAGUGUGGUCGUUGAGAGGAGAGAGGAGGCUUUGUGAUCAGCAGUUUCAGUCAGUUUUUAAAAGCUGUUUUGCCAUGUCGACUUAAGUGUAUAACUCUGCACAACUAAAAAUUCUGGUGCCUGGAAAGAAUAUUUUUCCAUUGAUGAGAUUGCCAAGUGUUAUCUACUACUGGUUCGCCUCAUUCUCUUGAGGUCCUAUUGUAAACUCAAAGCUUCCUUGAGACAGCUCCAGAAAACAAUGUUUGCCUUUGCUUAUAGGGAAAGUAAGUUCAUGAGGGCUUGUUAAAGGAAUUUUCUAUCAGCCUUACCUUGGUCCCAGGCAUUGUUGCAAAGUAUAAGAUCCUUGUAAAAAUAACAUUACUAACCCUUCAUUUACAAUACGUACUUGUUUUAGCUUCGAUGCAGACAGACGGAGAGGCUCUGUUAUAUCCAGUCAGACACUCCAUUAUUUUUUCCUUACAUUGGUCACACACUAGGUACAGCUUCACCUCUUGAUGUAUGUAUUUCCAGAAACAUCUAUAUUUAAGUUAAAGAAGUAAAUUUGGAAUGUUAUAAAUAUCAUAUGGAGUUGUGUAUCUACAAAUGUCAAUGUUGCUGUUAAGAAGCUUGUUGGCCUUUUAAAACAUACGAGGUUGGGUUUUGGAGGCAUUGUUCCACUUCUGCAUCAUUACAACACAUGCAGAUAUCUUUGUUUUAUAAAUACAAACCGUAUUUCACAUUAAUUACUAUCAUCCCUUCUCAGCAUUGAAAGUUGAAUAAGAGUUGUUUGUUUUUCUAAGUGAAAGAUGAUGUCAUUCACUUACAUACUACUGCUUUUGCUAAAUUUGGAUUGUGGUACUGGAGUUUGACUCCCAUCCUUGAUUAGUAAAUGCUAUUGUUGUAAAGUAAGUUUGGAUUUGUGUUUAUUUAUUAUUUAUUUAUAUAUUUUGUAGUUCACACUCAACCUAAAACCAGUCAUUUUAUCUUCCUGUGAGUAUUUCUCACAUUUUCCAUGCAGUGUUAAUUGUUUCAGAUUUCCUUUUAAGCCAUGUCUACUGGCCCUUAGAAACACAGUGUGUGAGUUCUGACUGAUACUGUUAAAUGGUCAGAUUUUUGUAACUUCAUGGGAAAACAGAGGAACAUUUUUCUAAAGUAGCUGCUAAAAAAAUGGAUGCAUUUACUCUUUCUCUUUCUUUCUCACUCUCUCUCUCUACCCAGCUAGAGGUAUCGUUACAUGCAUUUAUACCUGGUGUCAGAGCCAGAUCUAUGUCAUUAUUUCUUGUUGUGCUUUGAAUUGUUUUUCCAUUCAUGUAUGUUUUUAGUUUGUAUUUAUUAAGACUUUCCUCCUGAGAUCCAGUUUUCAUUUAAUGUAUUUUUUGUUUUCUAUAUAGGUUUGUUUUUAUUCUCAUUUUCCACCCCAUAGUGAUUGUUUGUUUACAUCAUUUUCUUUGCAGCAUCCCUUUGGCCCUAGCUGCAACUCCUUUAAUUUCUUUUCCUCCGUUCAUAUUCCUUUCUUCCAUCUCACUUUCCAUCCCCUCCUAACAAUUGUUUCUUUGUGCAUCUAUAUGGUUUUCCUUCUAUUACACCUUUAAAACCUUUCUAAUAUAAAUUUCCUUUUCAGCAGUGAAGGGCCAAAAUUCUAUAUUCCAUUCCACAUAAUUUUCUGCACUUCAUUUCUUCAUUUUCCUUAUACCACAGUUCCCCCCAUACUUGCAAAGAUUAGUAGCCUUUGGAACCAAAAUACUCAUGAAGCUAAGGAGCUGACGAGGAUCUUUUAAUUUGGCAACAUUCCCUAUUCCCUCGUUCUGUAGUUGUGUAUGGUUAGUUUCUGGUUGGGAACAAAUUCAUAUGUUAAUUGUUAGAAUUUACUGUUGUUUUUAACUGAUGACAAUUUUUGAUGUGGUUUUCUUAUACGUAAAAGGAUCUCCAAAAGUGUGUUUUCAAUUGAAAGCUUUGUUUCCAGGAAAUUUUAGUUGUACGUAUUAUAAUUUUGCUUACCACUGUCAAAAAGGUGUAUUACAUUUCAUGUGAAUUAUUUUUUGUCCCUGAUAUUGGAUAACCAAGUUACUUAUUCUACAGUUUCUGUUUUUAUUCUGUCUCCUGUUUAGUUUUUAUGUUUACACAUUCCAAGUUUUCUUUUGGUAUCUUGAGAUGGGUAUUUUAUAAAUAGGGAGAAAAUUCUUGACUCACCUCUUAUUUUAUGUUUGUUAUCAGUCUCUCUUGUUUCAAUUGUCAUUGAUCUUGUUAUAUUACAUGGCUGUUUAGUAGAGCUCCUUGAAUAUCAAGGGGAAAUUAUAAUUCUGAGGUUGAACUCAGUGGUCUGGUUAAACUGUUUAUCACUAAUAAUAAUAGUACAUAAAAUAAUGAAGCUAUUUGAAAACCAAAGCCUUACAGAAGGUUUGGCAGCACAAAUUUAGCAAUUUGGUGUGGCCAACUUCAGUGCAGUUUUCUGUUGGAGUUUCUGUCGUCACUUUUUCAUGUACAGAGGUUCUGCUCUAUGUGCAAUGUACGUAGUGUCAGUUGAACUUCCCAAUGCAUUUGCUUUCUCUUACUUUUUGAAAUGAAACUUAACUCUCCAAUUUAUGGCUUCUGUGCCAGUGUUAGUAAAAGCUAUAUAAUGAACAGGUAAGUAUUUAAAACAUAAAUCUUAAAUUAGUUGUUUAUAUUUUUCUUGAGUCUUGUAGCACUUACCUUUGACUUUGAUUUGGUUCAGUUUUUAUUUAGGAGGAAAUGUGAUGUGAUCAUUUAGUUCAAUAACCUUUAAUGGUGUGGUAGUCAUACUCAUGAGGUCUUUUGCUGUGUGAAUCCCUUUCGUUAGGUCUUGUUUGCUUAAUUGCUAGUGUGCUGUAUAUCAAGAUAUAUUGCAAUAAUUGCUUCAUUUUUUUAGUUCGUGGAAAAUUGGUGUCGUUUGAAUCUGUCUUAAGUGUCUGGAAUCACUUGUAUUGUCAUUACUUCAACUCGACAAUCAUAAUUUACUUCUCUGUACUAUGCAUGCUGUUGUAUAUUGCAUUCAGUAGUGAUUAAACUAAUCUGUAUAUUAUGUAUUUUCUACUGCAUGUUCUGUACAGUUAAUUUACUUAGUCAUAAUGCGGCAGGAUAACACAUUGUACUAAGCUCAUUUUCUGUUAAUUGGUGGAUGAAUGGAUUUUUUUUUAAUGAAAAGCAACACUCCACAGCAGGUUUUUCUGGUAUUUAUUGUGCUGAGGGGUUGGAAAUUGAAGUGAAGUUGAAUUUUGAUAUCCAUUUCAGUAUUGUAAGUCUGCUUCUUGUGAAUUUUCCGUGUACAACAAUAAUUCAAAUUUGAAAAAUGGCCUUGUGUCAUGAGGUGGUGAUAAAUUGUUUUGUGAAGAUGAGGUUGUCUGAACUAUUUGUAUUUAUCUGUACAUGGCGUUAGGUCAGAACAAACAAUGGCUUUUGUAAUUUUCAAUUUGAUUUUUGUUGCUCCAUUCAACAUUAUUAUGGCAUGAGUUACAACUGUCAGGCAUCUGCAUUUUAAUUUAAAAAGUGAAGACUGGCCAGUAGAUUCUGUCGCUACAGUAUUAGUGACUUAUUGGUAUGGUUGCAAAAAGUAUAGGUGCAGAAUGGUUUGUUACUAAACUAUUACUUUAGUGUAAUUGUUAUAAUCUGUAUACUAGAUAGGUAAGCGUAUUUUCUAGAACUUAGAAGUCAGCAUAGACCAUCAGCUUAUAUGUACAAAAUUUGUACAGUAGUUGUUCAACUGAUGAAAUACAGAUUUUUACAAUCGUGUUACUGCUAAGUCAAGUACUGAAAGAAUGUAGAUUAAGAAAUUAGUAGUUUGUUAUUUUAGUGCAAUUAUUUAUGGGUUAUUCAUAUUGUCCUGAAAACUCUUUUGUACAAAAAAUAAGAUCUUUGCUGCAUAGAUUUUGUGCAGCCUGUAUAAAUGUUGAAAAAAACUUGAUGAAGUCAGUAUAAACAUUUAAAUACAUUGGAUCCCUGCCCAUGUGUGCACAAAAGGGAACAGAACAUAUACUGUGUUGGUAAGAAAGCAAAGUGGCAACUUCUAUUACAGAUCCAAUAUUAAAGUGCUGCAGUUUAUUGAAUAAAAGUUAGAUAUUAGUUUUAAAGACAUGCUCCAAGAGAGCUGAGUGUUUUGACUUGGUGGUUUGGUUAAGCCCAUAAUAUUAAUUGUUACUAAUUGGAUUGACACUAAUUAUAUUUCUAUUCUGUGAGCACAUAUACUCCAUGAACUGCAUGCUAUGCUGUCAUGGCUCACAUUACAUUCUACUGAGUGCUAAUCCUUCCAGUAGUGAUUGGUAAUUAAGACUGUUGUAAAAUUAUGGUUGGUAGGCUAUGCCAUACCAUUAUUGUUUUUGAGAAAUUUUAUAGUUUUUCACAGAUGCAUGUACAGACUUUCAGUUCUUGUGGAUUCUGUUUGUUAAAGCAAACACACUGUGGUCUUCAGUACUAAAUGAUGCUUGUUUGACAGUUGAAAUCCUGAAAUUUAGAAACUGGAAGAUUUUGUUUAAUGUCAAUUAUAAGUUCGGCUGACAAUGCUGUAAUUGUAUGAGUAAUUCAUAGUCGAUAUUCAGUCCUUAUUUUCUAAGUAUUUUUAUAUAUUUUUAAGUACUUUAUUUGUUGUCUUUAAUUUGAUAACGUGAUUUAUUUUCAUGCUCAGUUUUGUAGUAUACUGGUAUUUUCCUCAUUGAAAAAGGAAGAGUGUACUCGAAAGUAACUUUUUUUGAAUCUCAUAACAAACCCUCAACAUUCUUGAGCAUUGUUUUCUUGCCCUUCAGCAAAGAACUUGGUUUGUUGGAGUAGGCAUACAGGGUAAAGUCUUGAAAUGGCUUAUAUCUUGGAAUCCUACUAGGAAGACUUGGAGGUCUGACAAUGCAUGACCAGAAGAAAUUAUAGUUAAUGAUUGCAACAGGGUGGGAAAUUUUAUUAGGGAAACAGUAAAAACUAUAGAAUGAAGUAUGUUCUAGUGAUACAUGGAAGAAAAUCAAGUUUUUCUGCUACAUAUAUCUUUUGCAACUAGAAUUUUUUGUAGUCCUUUUCAUUUUUUGGUACAAAAUUCUAAGGCUCAUACAAAUUACGUAAAGAUUCUGUCAUUUAUGUCCAUUCCAGAACUGUUACUAACAAUGUUUAAUUUUUGUUGCCAGCAAUUUUAUAUCGUGCUCACCAAAUGAGUGUGCGUAUUAUAGGUACAUUAUCUGGUGUGAUUUUUUAUGUUCAAAAUAUUAUUGUUGGAUGAGUGACCUUUAACCAGGAAUCAAAAUGUCGUUGAAUGAAUUUUAUAAAAGCAACUGGUAAAGUUUGCAAAAUGUUAAACAGCACAUUGUUUGUGAAAGUGUAUCCCUUUGGUUUUUUUUUAUAGAAAGCUUGCAUCAAAUGUAGACAAUCUAUAAGUAGCUUUAUGAGCUUCAUAUUUAUUUUUGUAUUUUCUCCGUUUACCAAAGUACAGUAAGUGUGUUUUAGUACCUCUGUAAUUGCCUGUAAUUACAGUAUGUCUUAUUCAAUGCGUAGUUUUACGUUUUCACGAAGGGGAACUACGAGUUGGUGAUAUUUUCUUACCUUGGCAUGUGGUGUGAAGUACAUUUAAUGUUGGGAGAGCCACAUGUGACAAAGUAUGGUAGUCUUUAUAACCAGUUUCUGUUUUUUUUUUUUCAAUAAAUGCAUAGAAAUA